AUGGGUGCAAAGAAUUUGGUCUGUUUGUCACUGGUCUUGGUGGCAGUGGCCGUGGCCCAGGCCCACGCGGCGGACAUCUGCGCGAAAGCAGACUACGCGGCGCUGUGCCGGUCCAUGGUGAAGGGCGCCGGCAACAAUCCGGUAGCGGCCACAAGGGCAGGCAUUGAGAAGCUGAUAUUGGCAACGAAAAUCGCGAGGGAAGCGAGGCUAAAAUCGGCAAAAUCGGGGGCUCUGGGGGUGUGCAAAGAGACGUUCGCUAACGCGAUUAGCGAACUGAAGAUGGGGCUGGAUUAUCUGCAGAAGAAGGACAAAGACAGCCUCAACAUCGAACUCUCCGGAGCGAUGACCGACUACACCACGUGCGACGACGCCAUUGCCGAAAGCGGCGUCGUGGGGAAAGCUGUGGGCAUUGUGAAAAUCGAUAGAACGCUGCUUAAUAUGGCUAGCAAUUGCUUGUACUUGUCCACUUUGACUUAG